UCCGCCGGGCCGGGCACGAGCGAGUGAGCGAGCGAGCCACCGGGCGCGUCCGUGGUGGGGUGUCCGAGCGGGGCUGGCGCGGCGCCGGCGCGGAGCGGGUGUGGCGGCUCGGCCUGCGCGGCGGGCGAGGACAGCGAGCAAACUGUAUAAUGGCAAUUGAAGGAAUUUUGAAAGAUGUCUAACGUCUAGUGGCUACAUCUGUCUUCUAUCUUCUCACCCUUGAAAGAAGAGUAAAUGGGAUGUUUCAGAAGGGAGCUCCAUAAAAAGAGUGUUGCAAAUGGCUUCAGAGUCCCCCAAUGGGAAACAAGCUAGGAGUCACGUGACAAAGGGGCGGCGGCAGCCCCCACACCAGCCAGCGAGGACCAGGUCUUCUGUCAGCGAGUGUGAUGGCGAAGACUCCUUCAUCUUUGAAGCCAAUGAAGCAUGGAAGGACUUCCAUAGUUCUCUCCUUCGGUUCUAUGAGAAUGGGGAGCUCUGCGAUGUCACACUGAAGGUUGGCUCAAAGCUGAUCUCUUGUCACAAACUGGUGCUGGCUUGUGUGAUUCCCUACUUCAGAGCCAUGUUUCUUUCUGAGAUGGCUGAAGCCAAGCAGGCACUGAUUGAGAUUCGAGACUUUGAUGGUGAUGCCGUGGAAGACUUGGUGAAAUUCGUCUACUCUUCACGGCUCACAUUGACAGUAGACAACGUCCAGCCUCUCCUGUAUGCAGCAUGUAUCCUGCAGGUUGAACUGGUGGCCAGGGCUUGCUGUGAAUACAUGAAGUUACAUUUUCAUCCCUCCAAUUGCCUGGCAGUACGAGCCUUUGCGGAGAGUCACAACCGAAUAGACCUGAUGGACAUGGCGGACCAGUAUGCCUGCGAGCACUUCACUGAAGUGGUGGAUUGUGAAGACUUCGUGAGUGUGUCUCCCCAGCACCUCCACAAGCUUCUGUCCUCCAGUGAUCUCAACAUCGACAGUGAAAAGCAGGUCUACAGUGCGGCUAUCAAGUGGCUCCUUGCCAAUCCCCAGCAUCAUUCUAAAUGGCUGGAUGAGACACUUGCACAGGUUCGUCUGCCAUUAUUGCCGGUUGAUUUUCUUAUGGGUGUUGUGGCAAAAGAACAGAUUGUUAAGCAAAACCUAAAAUGUAGAGAUCUAUUGGAUGAAGCAAGGAACUAUCACCUUCAUUUGAGCAGCAAACCGGUCCCGGAUUUUGAGUACACGGUCCGCACUACCCCAAGGAAGCACACGGCUGGUGUGCUGUUCUGUGUAGGUGGCCGAGGUGGAUCUGGUGACCCCUUUCGUAGCAUUGAAUGCUAUUCCAUCAACAAAAACAGCUGGUUCUUUGGACCAGAAAUGAACAGCCGAAGGCGGCAUGUGGGUGUGAUCUCUGUGGAAGGUAAAGUGUAUGCGGUGGGUGGACAUGAUGGGAAUGAGCAUUUGGGUAGCAUGGAGAUGUUUGAUCCUCUCACUAACAGAUGGAUGAUGAAGGCGUCAAUGAACACCAAGAGGAGAGGAAUUGCUUUGGCCUCCUUAGGGGGCCCAAUAUAUGCAAUUGGAGGGUUAGAUGACAAUACUUGCUUUAGUGACGUGGAGAGAUACGACAUCGAAUCUGACCAGUGGAGUACAGUGGCACCAAUGAACACUCCCCGUGGAGGCGUUGGCUCUGUGGCUUUAGUAAACCAUGUUUAUGCAGUGGGUGGCAAUGAUGGAGUGGCCUCCUUAUCCAGUGUGGAGAGGUACCAUCCACAUCUGGACAAGUGGAUAGAGGUCAAGGAAAUGGGUCAGCGACGAGCAGGCAAUGGUGUUAGUGAACUUCAUGGCUGCUUAUAUGUUGUUGGUGGUUUUGAUGAUAAUUCCCCUUUGAGUUCAGUUGAACGGUAUGACCCCCGCAGCAACAAGUGGGAUUAUGUGGCAGCACUUACAACUCCCAGGGGAGGAGUAGGCAUCGCAACAGUGAUGGGCAAAAUCUUUGCAGUUGGUGGUCACAAUGGCAAUGCAUACCUAAACACAGUGGAAGCAUUUGAUCCAGUACUGAAUAAGUGGGAGCUGGUCGGACCUGUGUCUCACUGCAGAGCUGGUGCUGGUGUAGCCGUGUGUGACUGUUUAACUAGCCAGAUCCGAGAUGUAGGUCACGGGUCCACUAAUGUGGUUGACUGUAUGUGAUGUGAACCCCAGUAGCAACUGUGCAAGCACACGGGGUGCUCGGGAAGACAGCCAGCAUUGGAUACGGCCCCCUUUGAUUUGACCGCGGCGGCUGUUGUGGUGUGAGUACACCUUGUGGACCAAUGGCUGGAGAGUGGUAGCCACACAGUGGUGCUUCCUGCUCUGGCAAAUAAUGAGGCCGUCUAUCUUUGAACCCGUUCUUGUUCUGAAAGACGUUUCAUGUAGUGCCAAACCUUCAAAUAGCUGUUUAUUUUGAUGAAUAAAAUUUAAUUUAUUGAGUUUUAUCUGCUCUUUCUCCUGAAGUUACUAACUUCAGGCAGCAGAUUUUCCCCUGAGGAGGGAUAAGUCUGCCCAUUAACGUAAGGACUUGAGACUCAUUCGACAUGGUGCUGAUGAAUUGAUGUUUUCUUUUUGUCUCUAGAUGGUGGCUUUCAGUUCUUGAGUUCAAGUAGAAAAAUGUGUGUUUCUGAGGCAUUCUUGAAACUAUAUUAGUGUCUGUAAGAAGCCCUCCAUUUCCUUUUGGAGUUUUAGAACUAUAGAACGCAGCCAUGCUGGGCCCCUCACCAGGGUACUGGCUGUUCUUAGGGCUGUUGUUUUCCAUUUUUCCCCUCUCAUGCAGUUGUGCACCUGAGAAUGUCUUAGUAACAGCUUCAGUCUAGCGUCGUUCAGUGCCCAGGGGAGAGACUUAGAAAAGGGAUGUGUGACACACAUGACCACCUAGGGAGAAAACCGGAAGGUCCUUCACCUCAGUCUCUGGUUUAGUCGUUGGAUUUUGGACACAGGAUCCAUUUUCUUCUUAUUUUGUUAUUUGUCACUGUCUUGGUUUUUCUGAUUGUACAAAAGCUGCAUUUAUUUAUUAUCAGGAAAUGAAUGCAUUUUUACAAAAGCCCUUUAUGUAGUAUAGUUUGAUGGUUAGUUCAAGUUUGUCAUUAAUUAAUAAAAUAUGUUAUUGGUAAAAACAGA